CACAUGAUGCCAAAAACGUGGGUCGGUCGCGCGGCGGUAUGCGUGCUGGCGAUGGUCGCAACGGGGACAUCGCUGGAAGACACGAAACUUCAAGUGAAGAGACCGUUCGUCGGCACCAUCGGGGAGCUUAUGAACCUCACGCUCUCGAUUCCAAUAGGAAAAACGCGCGUGCAUCACCGCAUCGAGUCGAAGAACUCUCAGACGCAAUUCAUGGGCGUGCAAUUCUCCACGUUCGACCUACCACCUGGCGACACACUUGAGAUUUCUUCCGACAGCAACAGCUUCACGUACACAGGACACGGCCCGUCGACUCGGUUCUCGGACCACGUCCAUGGCAAGUCGGUGGUCAUCCAGUACACCCCAUCCCACCCACGCGCCAAAAAUGCACGGCCACGGACCUACGCAGGCAUUGUCGUGUCCGGCAUCUUGGAAGGCUUUCCGACGUCCACGGGUCGGGAGGACGUCUGCGGCAUCCAGCCGCAGUGGUGGCCCAACGUGUGCAACGCCACCAAGUUCCCCGCCGCGUACAAGAACUCCAAGUCCAUCGCUCGGCUCACCAUGGACGGCAUCAAGUACGGCACAGGGUUCCUCUUGGGCUGCGAUGGGUACUUCCUCACUAACAACCACAACGUCAACUCCCACACGACAGCGGCGACGCUCAAGCUCGAGUUUGGCGCUGAGAGUGCCACGUGCCGCGAUCCGUGCAACGCAGUGGCGUUGGGCUGCCCGGGCAGUGUCGUCGUCACAGGCGCGACGCUCGUUGCCACCGACAAAACCCUCGACUACUCGCUGCUGCAGUUGAGUCGAGCUAACCAGGACCUAAUCUCGUUGUUUGGGUACGUGAGCUUGCGCAAGUCCCCCCCAAAGCUGCACGAGCCCAUCUACGUCGUGCACCACCCCGACGGGUUUCCCAAAGCGUUCACGGACCGAUUGGAAAACGGCACUGAGACGGUGGUGACCAGCAUCAACGUGCAAAAUGAAUGUGGGCAAGAUCAAAUUGGGUACAUGGCCGACACCCGGGGCGGGUCGUCGGGGUCGCCCGUGUUUGGACGAAGCGACCACAAAGUCAUUGCACUGCACCAUUGUGGAGGCUGCGAGAACGUCGCGCAUGGCAUCCACAACAUCGUCGCAGAUCUGAAAACAAAGUGGAAACACAACCUUCCGCGCUGCUUCUUUCACGCCACCUCGAGCCAAAGCCAGUGCUCGCUGCCGCAGCCACACGUUGAACUCGUUGGCUACGAUAGCGGAUCUGUAUCGGCCGCAUCUCCCAAGCUAUGCUGUGAACUGUGCAAGAAACAACGCAACUGCAAUGCAUUCACAUGGACUGAAAACUUGGACCAACGGCGAAAUACGCGAGGGGGGGGCACGUGCUGGUUUAAAAGUCAAGUGGGCACUCUGGUUCGAACUACUGGCGGCGUGUCGGCGGUGGUCCUCUCAUAAUCCUGCCUGGGUCUCUUGAUAGUGUAGUAUGUAGUCUUAGUAGUAGCAGGUUUGUAUAGCACUAAGUUAAUCGAAAGAUGAAACCACGAUAUGGGGUUGAGAUCAUCAUGUAGUAUAUGACGUGUGGCGUAGGGCGUGGUCGAGCUCGG